UUUUCACAAAUCUCCAUAAAACCAAAGUCAAGAAAACCAACCAACAACACAAACAGGUCAGCUCUUCCUUUCUUCACCAGAAAAAUUUCACCUUAUUAAUCUCCCCCUCUUCCUUUUACUCUUCUCAUUUUCCAUCUCCAAUGUCAAAAAAUGGCAAAAAUGCUUCUUCUUUAUCACCCUUUAUAACUCUUUCUUCUUACUAAACCCUCUUCUAUUCUCUCCUCUCCUCUUUUAUUUAAACAUUUUUCUUGGUUUUUGUGCCUCACUUUCUCUUCUGUACCUCAAAUAACCAAAAGGGUUUCAACAGCUUAGCUGCAUUUCUUCAAAAAAUAUUGAAAAAGGUUGUCUUUUUAAGUCAAACUUAGCAAAAUAGCAGUAAAGAAAAAAAUCAAAAAAGUGAAAAAAGGGAGGAUUUUCUUUUUUUGGUUUGUUUUUUUGCUUGUUUUGGUGAAUACUCAUUGAGGGGUUGGUGAUUCUUGAAGUUUUUCAUUAAGGGGUUGUUAGAAUUUUGCUAAAAAGAUUGUCUUUUUAAGUCAAUCUUAGCAGAAUUAGUAAAGGGGAAAAAAUCAAGAAAGUGAAAAAAGGGAGGUUAUUUUCUUUUUUCUUUUUUUGGUUUGUUUUUUGCUUGUUUUGGUGAACACUCAUUAAGGGGUUGGUGAUUCUUGAAGUUUUUCAUUAAGGGGUUGUUAGAAUUUUGCUAAAAAGAUUGUCUUUUUAAGUCAAUCUUAGCAGAAUUAGUAAAGGGGAAAAAAAUCAAGAAAGUGAAAAAAGGGAGGUUAUUUUCUUUUUUUGGUUUGUUUUUUGCUUGUUUUGGUGAACACUCAUUAAGGCGUUGGUGAUUCUUUAAGUUUUUCAUUAAGGGGUUGUUAGUAUUUUGCUAAAAAGAUUGUCUUUUUAAGUCAAUCUUAGUAGAAUCAGUAAACAAAAAAAAUCAAGAAAGUGAAAAAAGGGAGGUUUAUUUUAUUUUUUUUGGUUUUUGUUUGUUUUGGUGAAAAUCCAUUAAAGGGUUGGUGAUUCUUGGGUUUCUUUGAUAAGGGGUUGUUUGGAAUUUUGCUUUAGAAAAAUGGUGAGUAAAUGGGGGAAAGUGAAAUUGGCACUUGGUUUGAAUCUUUGUACUUAUGUUCCUAAAAGAACAUUAGAUGAUAAUGAUGAUAGUGGUAGUAGUAGUUCAACUGUUUCUGAAUCAGAGAGGCAUUCUGGUACUGCCCUUAUUUCUCCUGUGAUGGCUGAUUGGGAUGUUGCUCCUGCUACUCCAAGGUCACAUGUGUUGAAGCUGUCAAAGAGCUUGAGUAGAUCUUCUAAGAAAACAUGCUCAAUAUGUUUGGCUUCAAUGAAGAGAGGGGAUGGCCAUGCUAUAUUCACUGCUGAAUGUUCACAUUCGUUUCACUUCCAGUGCAUUGCUUCAAACGUGAAACAUGGAAACCAAGUUUGCCCAGUUUGCAGGGCAGAAUGGAAAGAAAUUCCUCUUCAGUUUCCCAGCCUAGAUCCUCCUAUUGGGAGGGCUAGAGUUAAUCCUGUGGACUGGCCCCAAAAUAAUGCACUAAUGACUGUAAUACGUCGUUUACCAACAGCCCGUCCAACACCAAAUCGGCAUAUUUCCCCACUAUUUCAGGUUCCUGAGCCAGCCGUGUUUGAUGAUGAUGAAUCUUUGGGUCAGCUGCUCAAUUCUACUGAGAAAAGUGCUUCUGAUGAGAGUUCAAUAGAUGGUUGCGAGUCUCGUGACAACAGAAAAGUAAAGAUUGAAACUUACCCUGAGAUUCCUGCAGUCUCAAGGUCCAGUGCUUCAGAGAACUUCACCGUGUUAGUUCAUGUGAACGCUCCUGGUUCAGUCUCGGUACAAGAUCCAGGCAAAAACCAGGUAAAUUUGUCCCAGGUUUCUCAAACGCCUCGUGCUCCUGUUGACCUUGUCACAGUUCUUGACAUCAGUGGAAGUAUGGCUGGUACCAAACUUGCGCUACUAAAACGAGCUAUGGGUUUUGUGAUACAGAAUCUUGGUCCCAAUGAUAGGCUGGCAGUAAUUGCCUUCUCUUCGACAGCUCGACGCCUCUUCCCUCUUCGUAGGAUGUCCGAAACAGGAAGGCAGCAAGCACUGCAAGCUGUGAACUCCCUGGUUGCAAAUGGAGGGACAAAUAUUGCUGAAGGCUUGAGAAAAGGUGCCAAGAUAAUGGAAGACCGUAGGGAAAAGAACCCCGUUGCUAGUAUAAUACUGUUGUCUGAUGGUCAGGACACAUACACAGUGAGUAAUAAUUCUGGUAGUAGCCAGCAGCAACCUAACUACAAGCGGCUUCUACCUGUGUCCAUUCAUGGUGGAAAUAGUUCAGGGUUCAAAAUACCAGUACAUGCUUUCGGGUUUGGUGCUGAUCACGAUGCUUCAUCAAUGCAUUCGAUAUCAGAUAUUUCAGGAGGAACGUUUUCAUUUAUUGAGACAGAAGGUGUCAUGCAGGAUGCUUUUGCUCAAUGUAUUGGGGGCCUCCUCAGUGUUGUUGUCAAGGAGCUUCAGGUGAGUAUUGAGUGUCUUCACCCAGGCGUCUGUCUUAGCUCCUUAAAAGCAGGAAGCUAUCCAAACCGCUUAAUGUCUGAUGGACGUAUGGGAACAAUUGAUGUUGGAGAUUUAUACGCUGAUGAAGAGAGGGAUUUUCUGGUUUCAAUCAAUAUCCCUACUGAAUCUUCAUGUGCGGAAACAUCACUGUUAAAGGUUAAGUGCGUAUACGUGGAUCCUUUCACGAAAGAGAAGGUUUCCAUCAGAAGUGAAGAUCUUAGGAUCAAGAGACCUGAAAAGGCUGGACAAGAGAGUGUUUUAAUUGAAGUGGACAGGCAGCAGAACAGGCUCCGAGCAGCCGAGGCAAUGGCACAGGCCCGAGCUGCUGCUGAGAAAGGAGACCUAGUUGGCGCGACUUCCAUCCUAGAGAACUCCAGAAAGUUGUUGUCAGAGUCAGAGUCGGCUAAAUCUCAUGAUCGGCUUUGUGUCGCACUUGAUGCUGAGCUCAAGGAGAUGCAGGAAAGGAUGGCAAGUAGACAUGUAUACGAGGCAUCAGGAAGGGCAUAUAUCUUGUCAGGGCUGAGCUCACACUCGUGGCAGAGAGCAACAGCACGAGGUGACUCCACAGAUGGUUCAAGUCUUGUCCAAACCUAUCAAACUCCUUCCAUGGUUGAGAUGUUAACUCGAUCUCAGGCUACAUUACUCGCUAGCCCUUCAGCUCAAAGACUUGUUCGACCAGUGUGGUCAUUUGCAUCACAACCAAAGCCUAGAUGACAGUUACAUAACCAUGGAGGGUGAUCUCAAAUAAGCCUAGUACGUUACUUAGUGCUGUCUUUCCUCUUUCUAUUACUAUUAGUUUUUGAAAGGCUGAGAAGUUUUCGAAUGUCCAUAUAUUCAUGUCUAUUCUUGUAAAGGAAUAAACUUCAGCCAAGCAAAAUUUGGGAAAGGUGCAAUAUAAUUUUGGGAAAUGGAAUGUAAGGGCAAGUAGUUAGGUUGUUAUGAUGACUUUUUCGGUCCUCGUUUUGUCUUUUGUUUCGACUCUUUGUUGUUGGGGGUGAUGUACAUAAGGAGAGAUGGCUUAUUUCUCUGGUAAAAUGGAUAUAAGUUUGUAACUGUGGGAUUUUCUUGGAGAACUGUCAGCUAUAUAUUAAAAAAUCCUGCUAUGUGAUUCGUUUC